GGCAGUCUGCAAUUCAGCGCCGACGGGCUAUGAUCAUUGCAGUAUGGAGGCGAAAAACGACAGCGGGAAUACAACUACACCGGAAGAAAGUUGGAGUAUUUAUACGGCCGUACCAUUGGGUAUCUUCCUCUCCCUUUUAUCUCUCGUUACUACAUUCGGCAAUGUGCUAGUACUCUACGCCGUCAGGACGGAAAAACGCUUGCAAACGGUUAGCAACAUGUUCAUAGUUAGCUUAGCAGUAGCCGACCUAAUAGUAGGCCUAAUAGCCAUGCCAAUUUCGGCCGUCUAUAUUUUAGCAUCGAAAUGGAUUUUUGGUCUAAUCGUUUGCGAAAUUUGGUUGACUACCGAUUACAUUGCGUCUACAGCGUCUAUUCUCAAUUUAUUCAUUCUAUCUCUAGACCGUUACUGGAGUGUCACUUCACCUUUGCAAUAUAUAAGAAAACGAACGAAAAAACGUGCACUUAUUUUAAUUAGCUGCGUAUGGACUGCGUCAGCCUUGUGGAUCGUUCCAAUAAUUGGAUGGCACCAUUUUGAGCAUGGAGGAGUUAGGACUGUUGCUGCAGAUGCUUGCGAUACGGAAUACGCAAAAAAUACGACUUUAAAAAUUAUUACAGGAAUUCUUAACUUUUAUCUUCCUUUAUCAGUGAUGUAUUCGUUAUAUGGUAGAAUAUUUUCCGAAAUACGUAAAAGGUCUGCCCUUGAACUUGGUCAGAGGACGGCUAGUAGGAAGGAAGGACAAGGUAAUAUUCAGGAGCAAGAGCAUCAGCGUAGGCUCGAUAGCGAUCCUGAUACUUUCGCUGAUUCUUAUUCUGCUCCGGGGAAAAAAUUUCAAAUUCGACAGCCGGAGGAGGAAAAGUUAGUCGAUCAGGACUUUGUUGACGAUGAUAUUAAUUGGAGAGUUCAAUACUCGUACGACGAGACUGUUAUGGACCCAACAACAGAACAAGUUCAACGUUUUUUAUACGAAGAGAGGUGUAUGAGGAUUGUUCGAACGGCUAGUACUAAAACUCAAACAGUAGAGACCAGCCUAAGCCAUUCUUCGUCUACUCAGAGUUUUAAGCAAAAAAAGGGGCAGACUUCCGCCGGUAAGCAGACUUCUUUAGAAAUACCCGCUCAGGGUAGACAACGUAGACUUUCUUCCAUAACUCAACUGCUAGCCGAUGGCCAAAACUCUGUGGUAGUACUAAAACGCGGAGCAUGUCGCUUAAGGGAUAAACUCAAAUCCAAAAAUCAGAGGAGUAUCUCUUUGACUAAGGAAAUUAAAGCUGCCAGGCAAUUGGGGGUUAUUAUGGGAGCUUUUACUUUAUGUUUCCUGCCAUAUUUCGUCUGUUUUAUGGUCGUUGCCUUUUGCGACGGCUGCAUAAGUCAGUCGUUAAUGAAUGCUAUGACUUGGAUCGGAUAUUUAAAUUCGACCCUAAAUCCUUUAUUGUAUCCUCUUUGUAACGCAAAUUUCAGGAGAAAGUUCAGAAAAAUGUUGUGCUUUAGGAAAUAUCGAUCCGACUUGCCGCCGGCUUACGCGAAUCGACUGUGUAAACAGAGGACAUCAGUACCGACGGCUUUCGAUGCUAGAUACGAUUUUUAGAGAUACCCGUUAACCCAGAGUUUCUUUUUUUAGCACCUAGCGACAUCUGUUGGUGUUGUGAUAGGGCUGAUUUUUCUGCAGACAGAUUUUAUUGUUGCACUGUUGGGUUUCAGUACAGCACUUAGGUGUUUUUAUUUUAUAAAUAAUAAUGAUUAUAACUUUUAAUAACAUAACAAUAACAAAAACAAUAACAAAAAGAUUAGUGAUGAUUCAUAACAAAGGCCUAAUUAAUAAAUCAGCUAAAUUUUUAUCGUCCUUUUUGAAGAGGAGACGAGCAGAGAAAGGGAAAAAGAUAGGGGAAGAGAGGGAGAGGGGAGUAGGGGGUGGGAAGAAAAGGCGACAGAGAGAGGAAGAGGAAAAGUAGAGAAAAAGCAGGAAGAAAACUAAAAAAUAUGUCUGAGUUAGAGAAAAUAAAUUGUAAUAUAUGUCAAGAAUUCAUGGAAAUAUUGGGGAACAUAUAAAAGAAGAGAGAAAUAUCAUUAUUAUCCUUUAUUUUUUUUUUAAAUAGGACAGGAAGAGUUUUUUUAAAAAAUAACAUAAACUAAGAAACCAUGAAGAAAAAAGUUUUAGGAAGAGAAGGAAGAGAAAUUUGAAAAAAUACCCCAAAAAUAUAAAAGUAAAGUGUAUGGGAGAGAGGAAGAGAAAGAGCGAGAGAGAGAGAGAGAGAAAGAGAAAGAGAGACAGACAGGGGGUAAAAAAUGAUAUAAAAUAUUGUUUAUCUGUUCUUUCCGUUGCGCGAUCUGAUUUAAAAGAUGACCUCCAGUUAGCUAGUAUUUUAAGGUCUCAGUAAAAACCUAAUGAAAUUACGUGACGAGCUUAUUCAAUUGCCAGGUAGUGCCUACAGAAGAGAAUAUGAAGUAAUCAAUGAUUACCAUCGUGUUCUAGUAUAAAACUGUGUCAGAAGUUUCCUUGUGAAGGGAAAAUAUAAGGAAUUUUGUCCAAAAUAAAAGUGUCUUAAAUAGAUGUAAAAUCUAAGUUAAUAAAAUUAAAGAAAAUCAACAAAAAAAGAUAAAAAAGAGAGGAAAAAAAUGAAAAGAAUCAUUGAAAGAAAUUGUUCAAAUUUUAUUUAUUAUAUAAUUAAAACAAUGAGAAAAGAAGAAAUAAAUAAAUAAACAAACAAGCAAACAAAUAAACAAAAUUACGAAAUUUCUUACAAAAUUCAUUUACAAACUUGAUAUUUUUUUUUAUAUAAAAGUCUCCUCUAAUUAGAGAAUUUGUUACCUUUUUUACUUAUUGUUACUGUUGUUAUUAAAAGAGAGAAAGAGAGAAAGAGAGAGAGAGAGAGAGAGAGAGAGAGAUAUUGCCAGAAAUAUUUUCUAUAUAAAUAAUACAUACGCGUACCGAUAAGAUAAUGGUAUUAAAAGAAAAGAAAAGAAAAAACAAUUUUCUCACUACGUAAUCCUAUUAAUGAGUAUUAUUUAUUUAACAAUAAUAAAAUAAUAAAGUAAUAGUAAAUGAGAAAAUGGCAAAAAUGCAAAAUUAGCAUCUAUUCCAUGGAAUUAUUAGUUUUAGAUUUUAAAGGAGAAAGGUGACUGUAUUAGAAUUUCGUGUUUCUAUUUUAACACUCCCCCCUCCCUCCCCACUACUACCCGCCUCGCACCAAUUGACUUUGACAAUUACACCUUUUCUUCAAAAAUAUUUCCCAACUCCUCAUUUCCUACUUUCUGAGAUUGCUAAACUUUUUAAUUUAAUGAUAAAGAAAUUCACCGAAAUCUUAUCUUUUUCUUUAUUGUCUUUCCUCAAUAAUUGGUCAGAUGAUGGAGAAAAAGGAAUAGACAGUAAAAGAUAUGAAGGAUUGAAUGUUAUAGCAGAUAUCAAACGAGAUAGAAAUCCGAAUCGUUUUUCGGUAAUUCGUAAAUUUCUAUAAAAAAGCUAUAGAGAAACUUUAUAAAAGACAAAACACAAGAAAAUAACAAUCCGAAAGAUUCGUAAUUUUGACUUAUAGAUGUCAAUAAAUCUUAAAUUUAUUAUCUUCUUUAUCUUCUUCUAUUUCUCCUCUAUUACUUUCUUACUCUUUCUUGUAAAAUACUUCAAGAUACCUCCAACUCUUCCUUUCCUUCUUCUUCUUCUCUCUCUUUCUUUUUGCGGUUUUGUUAUCGUGAGAACUAAUUAAUAGGUGACGACACAAAUUCGUGAGAAAUUAAAUUAACAACUUGAGCGCCUUCUAUAGUCUUCCUAUUAUUUUUCUGUUACGACAACAGUUGACACGUAAUUGAAAAGAAGGAAAAGAGAUGGAAAAAAUUGCGAACCAGGCGAGAAGAUAAGGAUGAAGAUUUAUUCAAUCCACGUAUAAUAUAUGCAAAAUCAAUAAAUGGUAUUUAAUAUCGUUAGCACUCAAAUUAAUAAUUAAGAAUUUGAACAACCGAUUAAAGAAACACCAAUGCGAUAGAGAAGAUAAGGGAACUGGAAAGAUAAGAGAUAAGAAUACAAAAACUGAUGACUGUGUAAUAUAAACAAGUUGUUUUGUUAGAUAAAAAUAAUAAAAAUUCAAUAGAUUUGUAUUCUAUUAAAGAAGUAAAAAAUACAUGAAACGACU